UUUUUACGCUUUUAUCAGUUCGUUUGUCGCACCCGUUUCGCGCACUUGUUUUCGUUUUUGUUAUUUGUGAACCAAUUUCCUCUUUCACCUUUCGGUUUUUGCGGUUAAUUUUUAAUUUUUUUUUGUGCAUCGACGACUACCUAAUUACGAUAAAUUUCAUUUAAUCAAAAUAUGUCACGUACUCUUCUUGUCGUCUGCCUCCGUUGAUUGCAGUGACCGAUCCGGUAACAUCUUCGUAGUGCGUCCGCUCGCCGUUUGAUUACCUUGUUAUACACCCAAACCGGGUCGUAGUGAAAAGGAUAAAAAAAAACCAGUCCUCGAUAACGACGUAGAUUACAUUCUGUAGCACCUAUUUGGUGGUUUGAUGUGGAAAAAUAGCAAAAGAUGAGUUGGGGAACGGAAUUAUGGGACCAGUACGAUAAUUUAUCGUUCCACACUCAAAAAGGCAUUGAUUUUCUUGAAAGAUAUGGACACUUCAUCCGCGACAGAUGCCUUAUUGAAAUGGAAUACGCUGGAAAACUCAGGCGAUUGGUUAAAAAUUAUCAACCCAAAAAAAAGGAAGAAGAAGAGUAUCAGUAUAGCACGUGUAAAGCGUUCAAGGCGAUGUUGUGCGAAGUAAACGAUUUGGCAGGUCAACAUGAAGUGAUCGCUGAAAAUCUCCAAUCCGACGUCAUCAGGGAAAUCAAUUAUCUAGUGAAGGACAUCAAAGAAGAAAGAAAGAAGUUGCUUCAGGAUAGCGCAAAAUAUGUAGCGAUGAUCAACAACCAGGUAGCGUCACUGGAGAGAUCACGGAAAAACUACGAGAAAGCGUUCAAAGAGGCAGAGAGGGCUCUGGACAACUUUCAGCGGGCUGACGCUGACCUCAACUUGUCCCGAGCCGAAGUGGAAAAACAACGGAUGAACAUGGCCAUCAAAAAUCAACACUGUGAAGAGUCGAAAAACGAGUAUGCCAACCAGCUGCAAAAAACCAAUGAGCUUCAGAGCCAACAUUACAAAGCGCUGAUGCCGGAGGUGUUCAGGCAGCUGCAGGAACUCGACGAGAAACGCAUUCGAAACGUCAGACAUUUCAUGGCCCAUUCGGCGGACGUGGAACGUAACGUUUUCCCGAUCAUAAACAAGUGUCUGGACGGCAUCAUAAACGCUGCCAAUCAAGUAAACGAAAAACAAGACACGAUUUUAGUGAUAGAACGGUACAAAUCUGGUUUCGAACCACCCGGAGAUUUCCCAUUCGAUGAUUUGAGCCGUGGUGGUGAAUCCACGCCGCUCGUAUUACCGGGUAGCGGCAACACUUAUGUGUCAUCGGGCGUUGGCGCCCACAGGUCCGAAUCGAUGACCGUCAAGGGCACCAUGUCGGCCGGCAAGCUGAAAAAGCGUGUGGGUCUGUUUGCCAUAUUUAGCUCCAACAAGCUAAUGGACGUAUGCAGUUCUGUAAAGAAUAAUCUUUCAUCGUCGGGUGAUAAGGAUGAUUAUAGUGAAUUACCACCAAAUCAACGUCGAAAAAAGAUUCUUCAAAAACUAGAUGAAAUGCAAGCAAAAUUACACCAAGAAAUAGCAGCCAAAGACGGUUUAAUGAAAAUGAAAGGAGUAUACGAAUCUAAUCCAGCCCUAGGUGACCCGAUGUCCACUGAAGGUCAACUAAAUGAAUGUUCGCAGCGUAUUGAUAAACUCAACUCUGACAUAGCCAAGUACCAGGGACUUUUACAAGAAGUUGAAUGUAAUGUUAGUCCUGCAGGUACACGCAAACAUGAGUUGACAGAACAUAAUGGUAUCGGCAAUGGUAGCACUAACAACCUAUCCAAUCACAAUAAUAGGCUAAAUACAUCUAUACCGGAUGGACGAGCUCCUCUUGGAGAAGACGAAUCUCUGAGCCGUUCAGCAUCUGAUUCCAGUGUUUCUAUACCUGCUGUUGGAUUAAACAAUCGAUACUCUGGCGAGACUGUAAGUUUGGGCGCUUCACGCAAUUCAUUGACAAAUGAUGAAGAUCCUCCACCUUAUUAUGAUAUUCACGAUUUGCCACCACUAGGAACUUGUACCGCUCUCUAUGCAUUUGAAGCUACAAGCGAAGGAUCAAUACCAAUGUUUGAUGGAGAGCAACUGUUAAUCAUCGAACAAGAUCAAGGGGAUGGAUGGACGCGUGUUAGAAGACAACCUCCCAAUGUUGAGGAAGGAUUUGUACCUACGUCAUACAUCUCUAUACACUCUAGCUGAACAGAGGCAUUCAUUUUAAAUGUUUACGAUACCCUAUGACAUUAAAAUCAAUUGUAUAUAUAUUAAACUAAAACACCCUAUACAUAAAUAAUUUUAGACUUAAUUUUUUUUUUUUUCAUAAGGUUGUGAAAAGUGCCAAUUUUUUAAUGAAAAUGAUAUUUUAAUCGGUCCGAGCUCAAGUUGUCAUGUAGGAUUUUUUUACGUUAGGAAUUUUUUUUUAUUAUUAUCAUUACUAUUAUUAUUGCUUUCAGAUAAUCAAAUUUCUUUAACUAAUGUGCAAUUGAAAUGAACCAGUGGUAAAUUAGUCAUCUUGCUUGACCUUUUAUUUUUCUACUUGCGCCACUGUGUCUAAUUAUUGUUUUCCGUCUUAAUCUGUUGAAAGCCAAAACGAGAAUGUAAUUAGUUUUCAACUUAUAAAGAGUUUCCGUCCACCUUUAUUUUGUUUUAUUAAUCAUAAGUUCUUUAGUUCCAAUAUUGUUUUUUUUCUUUUUUUAACACUGUUUAUAUAUUGUUUUUUUUUUUUACUCAAUUUUCCGCCUUUCGACCUGAUUAUUCAAAUAACAUAAGUAACAAUUUUGUCAAUUAA